GCCACCUGCCGGGGAAACUUGUGCUGAUUGCUGCUCCCGGGCCGUUCCGGGGCGGGACGCGGCGUCCGGCGAUGGAAGAUACGUCGAGGACUCGCGAGCCCAGGACGCGGCCGAGAGACCCAGACAGGCCCCCGCGCCGGGACCGAGACCGGCGCCCCGAGCGACAGCAGCACCGGCACCCUGAGCGACCGCGGGACGGAGCGGGGGACCGGCGCAGGGAGAAAAGGGGUGGCGAGCGGGACCGGGACCGGGACCGGGGACGGAACCGAGACCCCCACCAGGACAGACGCAGGGUUGGGGACUAUCGCCUUGGGGAGCAAAGAGUUUUGGAAAAACCCCGCCAAAGCCGGACGCGGGACGGACCCCGGAGGCCCACCUGGGACGCAGCCCCGCCCCCCUGGCCCGCGCCUUGGGAAACCCCGGAGUCACCGCCCUCCAGGAAGGAGGGCACCGGGCGCCGAGGACCGGAAAGUUACAGUGAACCCACUCCGGGGCUGUAUCUGCCCUCGAACCCCAGGCCUGGACGGGAGGACGUGGAAUACUACCAGUCAGAGGCUGAAGGACUCCUGGAAUGCCACAAAUGCAGAUACUUGUGCACGGGGAGAGCCUGCUGCCAAAUGCUGGAGGCUCUCCUGAACUUGCUGAUCCUGGCCUGCAGCUCUGUGUCUUACAGCUCCACGGGGGGCUACACGGGCAUCGCCAGCCUGGGGGGCAUUUACUAUUACCAGUUCGGAGGGGCGUACAGCGGUUUCGAUGGCGCUGACGGGGAGAGAGCGCAGCAGCUGGACCUCCAGUUCUACCAGCUCAAGCUGCCCACGGUCACGGCGGCCAUGGCCUACGGCGGAGCCCUCAUGGCCUUCUGCUGCCUCCUCGUCGCCCUGGGCGUCCUGCGGGUCCCGUGGCAUUGCCCGCUGUGGCUGCUGAUCGAGGGCUCGCUGGCCGCGCUCCUGGCCGCGGCCUCCGUGCCCGCUCUGUGCUGGUACUUCCGCGCGCUGGCCGCCGCCUACGCCUCCCCGGUGUGCGCGGAGCGGGCGGCGCUGUACGCGAGCAAAGGCUACCGCGGCUUCCGCUGCACCUUCCACGGGGGCGAUGUGGGCGCUGGCAUCUUUGCUGCCCUGGGCAGCGGGGCCUUUGCCGUGGGGGCCGUGCUGGCCUUCAGGGGUUACCGCAAGGUCAGGAAGCUCAAGGAGAAGCCUGCGGAGGUAUUAGGGCUUUAGGCUUUUAAAAACCUCCUGCCCCAUGUAAGGGCAGUGAGUUCUCCUGAAUCGUGGUCUUCCGGGGACUGUGCUGCGGAACCGCCAACGCCGGUGUGCGGGGCGCCGCUCGGGCUGCACGGGCUGCCGUUCUCUGACGUCAUAAGCCUGGGUCAGUCCUCUGUUGGUGAGGGACUAACCAAAAUUCCUUUUAAAGCAAACGCUGGAGCCCGAGACACCCCCCAAGAAAGGCAUGUGCUGCAGCGACGUGCACUUCUUAAGUAAAGGGAGUGAAUUUAAAGAAUUUAAACGAGUGAGUUUAAAGAAUCUUAUCUUCAGAGUUCAAGAAAAGCCGCAUAGACACGAGCCGCCUCCGCCGGAACUUGUCUGGGCAUGGAUGGCUGUCUCAAGCAGGCCAGCCCCUGUGUUUUCCACGCUGAGCUCCGCCGUCCUUCACUCCCUUCGUGCUCUGGGUGCAGGGCUGGGAUUGCUGGGAGACUCCCGUAAAAUUUAAGUUGGAGGGAGGCGUGGGCUGAGGAAGCAGGAAGCAGAUUAAUUCGCUGCAAAGAAGCUAUUCUAAAAAGCCCCGUACCAUGGCUUUGAAGGCUCAAUAAGUGUUUUGUACCUCUUACAAAUGUACCAUUGUACGAAGACUAAAACCCGGCAUCUGGAAUUCAGGAUCCAUGCAGAAUUAAAGAAUGUAAACUUUUCCUCAAAAGAAGAAUGCUACUUUUGGCCAGACGACCUCGUGGGUUCUUAUUACAUGUUAAAUUAUGACUUCUAGAACAUUACAAUAUAUUCUUGGUACAACUGAAUAUGUUAUUUGCUUUAUUUGAAUCUAAUAAAAAAAAUCCAAAGAAAAAUUUAA